CCAAAGACUCCCUUCUCCAUGCUCGCUGCUCCUUUCGGUCACGGUCUCAAACGAUCAGAGACAGAUCGUCCCUCAUUGGGCUCAUUUGCAACCAAUGGCAGUUCUCUGAACCUGAUUCCAUCCAAUACGGCAGUCCCGCAGACCAGCUUGGUCCCUAUACCCGCCGCUCUGUUGACCCAUAUCCACGCUACUUGUCGCAAGCGAAUAGCCACUCUAGAGUAUCUUCGCAAAGUGCACGAAGGCCACAUCUACUACUUCAAUACUCUCCUCUACACUCCCUCGAACCUUGGCCAAUUACCCUCCAUGCAAUACUCUAAGCUCGGUCGUCGCGCUUCCAACUACGUCCUUCUCGGCACAUCAAUACCUCCACUACUUGACCUUAACGCUGAUAACCCUCUGGAAUACCUACGAUCUCUCGCUUCUCUGCUAUCAGAAUAUGAUACUUACCAACAACUCAAUAACCCUGACGCUUCGGUUGGUGCGCGUGGUCGAAUGGGCGCCAUGUUCAAGAGUGGCAUGCGUGGAGUCAAGGGUCGCAGAUCUAGCAGUGCUGCCAUCGAAACCUUGUCCGAGUCAGUCGAGAGUGCUCAACUAGAUUCUUUGCCCAUGCCUCCCAUAUCAUCUGGAAACCUACCAGAGUUUACACAUUUGCAGACGCCUUCUCUGCCAUUCGACCCCGACUUUCACACCGCUUUUGCAACUCUGGCGGAUAUUCUUAUCGACACAUAUUCGGGGAUCGUCCAGCUUUUGCCAAACGCAGAGUCGAUAGGACCUGGUGUCGGUGAGGCCUUUGGCAAAGCAGACAAGAUUCUGCGCAAAGUGCUUGUGCAGAAUGCUACCCAAGAACUUGGUGACACGACUCGCCGUGAAGUCCGCUCUGAGAUUGGCGGCGUCAGUCGAUUAGUUCUAGCAGGUCUGAUGUGA